GUGCAGAUUCCCUCUACAGAAAUAGUUUCAGCCUCAGUGAUGAAAAGCUAAAUUCUCCAACUGCAUCUACUCCAAGCUUGCCAUCUCCAUCAGUAACUCCAUGUAAAGCAAAGCUUGGAGACACAAAAGAACUGGAAGACUUUAUUGCUGAUCUUGACAGAACACUAGCAACUAUGUGAAAUGAAUCUUCAGCACUGUGCUUGCCAGUGAAUGUCCUGUGAAGGAUAAGUGACAUCGAUCACUGAACUGCUGCCCUUGCGUGACAACUUUGCUACCCAAGAUACCUUCUGAACAUAACCUUUGUAAAGUCCUACAAGUAUUUAACUGGCAACAUCAGUGUUACCUUGCAGCAGAUGGAAUAAGAUAACUUAAGUGUUACAACUGUAUUUAGCUUUAAGAUAUAGCUUGAAUUUUAAUUUAAAGUUGCUUUUAUGAAAAUAUAUUUGUAAUUUUAUAUAGUUGAGAACUUUUAAUGCUUGUUGCCAUUAUAAUAUAUUUUU